CAGCAUACAUGUGUAUAUAUGUUUAUAGCCAUGCAUAUAUGUAUUUCUACCUGUAUAUUUGUAUAAAUACACAUAUUUAUGGGAUGUUUUGAUCCAACAAAGGUUGUCGUUUGUGUUCAUGUUAGCUUAAAUGAUAUCACAGGAUCGACAUCAACUCGACAUGUUUGGACAUCAACUGGUGCUGUGGAUUCUCUGUGGACACAAUUUAUGUUUGGGUUUAGUUUACUCCAAAACCAAACAGUCCGAAGUCUUCACUGACAUGCGCCCCACAUCUGGACACGUGCCGAGGUUCAGCUCCUGCUCAAGCAGAUGUUUCGAGCUGCUUGAGGUGGAGCCGCCGAACUGUCGCUGUGACAAUCUUUGCAAGACCUUCAACAGCUGCUGCUCGGACUUUGACCAGCUCUGCCUCAGGACAGAGGGUGGCUAUGAGUGCAGCAAAGAUCGCUGUGGGGAGAUGCGCAAUGAACACCAUUCCUGCCACUGCUCAAACGACUGUCUCGCCCGAGGAGACUGCUGCACCAACUACAGGACACUCUGCAGAGGAGACACUUCUUGGCUGCAAGAUGAAUGUGAAGAUAUAAAGAAUGUUCAGUGCCCUGCAGGAUUUGUGCGCUCACCACUCAUCAUUCUGUCAGUGGACGGUUUCAGAGCUUCCUACAUGAAGAGAGGACAUACUGUCAUACCUAACAUUGACAAACUCAGAACAUGUGGAACACAUGCUCCGUAUAUGAGGCCUGUGUACCCGUCCAAAACCUUCCCCAACCUCUACUCACUGGCGACGGGUCUGUAUCCUGAGUCUCAUGGAAUUAUUGAUAAUGCCAUGUAUGACCCCGUCUUUGAUGCCACCUUCACGCUGAGAAGCAGAGAGAAACUGAAUCAUCGCUGGUGGGGAGGACAACCUAUCUGGAUCACAGCUCUCAAACAAGGAGUGAAGGCAGCCACUUUCUUCUGGCCUGCUGCUAUUCCACUGGAAAGACGGAUACUGACGAUGCUACAGUGGCUCCAUCUUCCUGAAGUCGACAGACCCUACAUUUAUGGCCUGCACUUUGAGCAGCCAGACAUAUACGGACAUAAGGUGGGACCCAUGAGCAUGGAAUUGAAUAAUCCUCUCAGACGGACUGACAAGAUUAUUGGUCAACUCAUGAACGGACUGAAGCAGAUGAAACUACAACGUUGUGUCAACAUCAUGAUAGUUGGCGAUCACGGUAUGGAAGAAGCACAUUGUGAUCAAACCGAGUUCCUCAGCAACUACUUGACUAAUGUUGAUGACAUCAUUCUUGUUCCUGGAUCGUCAGGUCGAAUACGCCCCAGAUUCAGCAACACAAAAUAUGACCCCAGGACCCUCGUUGCAAAUCUAACGUGCAAGAAACCAGAGCAACAUUUCAGGCCUUACCUAAAGCAGCAUCUGCCAAAGAGACUGCACUACGCAAACAACCAUCGCAUUGAGGAUGUACAUCUGCUGGUGGACAGGAAGUGGCACGUUGCCAGGAAAGCACCUGAAGUUAAGAGACUUUGUGGCUUCUUUGGUGACCACGGAUAUGACAGUAAGAUCAAUAGUAUGCAGACAAUUUUCCUGGGAUAUGGACCUUCGUUCAAAUUCAAGACUAAAGUUCCAGCCUUUGAAAAUAUUGAGCUUUAUAACGUUAUGUGUGAUCUUCUCGGUCUAAGCCCAGCCCCUAAUAACGGAACAUACGGAAGUCUGAACCACCUGCUGAGAAAGCCUCCCUACAAACCCACAAUGUCAGAGGAAGUUUCCAAGCCAACCACAACUGUUUAUGAUCAUACGCACGCCGAUGAACUCGGCUGCAGCUGUCAUUACAAGUUGGGAGUAAAGAGUAGAGGCCAGAGAAGUUUGAAAGUGACGAUUGCACGAGGCUAUAAUCUGGAGUCACUCUGGCUCUGUCUCUUACAGAACCAAGUGGAGGAGCUCAACCUGCGACUGAUGCAAGCUAUUGAUGACAGUAGGAAUUUGCCAUAUGGUCGACCUGCAGUACAGUACCACACCAAGUAUUCCAUUCUGCAGCACGCGGACUACAUCUGUGGCUACAGCAGGGAUCUGGCGAUGCCUUUGUGGACGUCAUACACGCUUAGCCGACAGGUCGAAGUUUAUGCUUUGCCGGAGAUGAAAUGUUUACGAGCAGACUUCAGAGUCCCAGCAGCCUUCAGCCAGUCAUGCAGCAACUACAAGGCAAACAAAUUCAUCUCUUUCGCCUUCUUGUAUCCACCACAAUUAUCCAGGGACAUUAAGAGAAAAUACGACGCUCUAUUCAUAACCAACACUGUUCCAAUGUACCCUGCAUUCAAGAGGAUAUGGACUCAUUUCCAGGGAGUGCUUUUGAAGAAAUACGCCGGUGAAAGAAAUGGGAUGAACGUUCUCACUGGACCCAUCUUCGAUCACGACUCUGACGGCGUCAUGGACUCCAUUGACAAGAUUCAACAGUUUGCACGCGGUUCGAUCCCCAUCCCAACUCACUUCUUUGUGGUUCUGACCAGCUGCUUGGACUUCAGACAGGCUGCAGAUUCAUGUGCCGGUCCUCUCAGCUGUGCCGCCUUCAUCCUGCCACACAAAGCCAACAACGACGAGAGCUGCGAUAGAUCAGACCGGGAGUCCACCUGGGUGGAAGACCUGAUGAAGAUGCACACGGCUCGAGUCAGAGAUGUUGAAAUCCUUACAGGUCUGGACUUGUACCGCAGAACCACUUUGAGAUAUCCUGACAUCCUCUCACUAAAAACAUUUAUGCACACUUACGAGAGCGAGAUCUAACGUUGACGCCGUAUAUUUUUUUAACGUGGACUUUUGUGCUUGUACGGAAGUUUGCAUUCAUCACGCCUCUUGAGGAUUUUAAAAAAAUCGGUUUUAUACAACACCGCUCAAAACUUUUGGGAUAUCACUUGCAAAUGUACUUCCCAUGGAAAAAACAUAAAUUUAUGCAAUUCACAAUUAUAAUUACUUUGAUGUAUUACUGUGAACUCAGGACCUUUGAGUCUGAAAAGCAUUCUUAAAUGUAUCAAACCAGAUUGUCAUAGAAUAGGGGUGUCCAAAGUGCGGACCGGAGGCCAUUUGUGGCCCGCAGCUGAUUUUUUUAACAUAAAAUACUAUUACAAAAAAAGCAUAAGUGUAAUAAAAGAGCAAACGGGUGAAAUGUAACAAGAAAAUAUCUAAUAACACAAAACUGCCAUGCAGGCUGUUUUUUUUUUUUUUACUUUAAACCUAACAUUGCUCAAAAGAUUACAAAAAAAUUAUAAUUGGCGAAUAGAUCUGAAGUUGAAAGUAGAAAUUAAAAAAAUAUAUACAGUACAGGCCAAAAGUUUGGACACACCUUCUCCUCAUUCAAUGCGUUUUCUUUAUUUUCAUGACUAUUUACAUUGUAGAUUGUCACAUCAAAACUAUGAAUGAACACAUGUGGAGUUAUGUACUUAACAAAAAAUAAAUAAAUAACUGAAAACAGGUUUUAUAUUUAUAGUUUCUUCAAAAUAGCCACCUUUUGCUCUGAUUACUGCUUUGCACACUCUUGGCAUUCUCUCGAUGAGCUUCAAGCACACCUGUGA